AUGGAUCCUGACCGAGCUGUAGCAGAUGACGUAGAAAGCAAUGCACCAACCCCCACUCAAGGGACGGUGCCUGAAGAAAGUAGACCUGUAACCGAUGAUGCCUACCAUUGGUGGAAGACUUUGAUUUCGGUUGUACCUAAGGAGGCGGUUACUUGGGACUUCUUUCAGGAGGAAUUCCGGAAGAAGUAUUUUAGCAAGAGGUUUAUCAACCAAAAAUGUAAGGAAUUUCUUGGACUUAAACAGGGCCGCAUGUCAGUUACCGAAUAUGAACGAGAGUUCGUUCGGCUCAGUAAGUAUGCCCAAGAAUGCAUGCCCACUGAGGCUAAGAUGUGCAGGAGGUUUGAGGAUGGACUUAAUGAGGAUAUCAGGGUGUUAGUGGGCAUCCUUGAACUAAAGGAGUUUGUUGUGCUCGUUGAACGGUCUAAGAAAUCUAAAGAUGUGUAUUCUCGUUCUUAUGCAUCGACAGGACACUCCCACGUAAAUCGUAAGAAGCAAAGUUCGGGUUUCUGGACUCACGCUACAUCUGUAGCUAGCGUAGGAGACGUUAAACCUCAUCGACCCGAGUGUGAAUACUGCGGAACAAGUCAUCCGGGCUCAUGUAAGAGGAAUGAUGGGACGUGUUAUAGAUGUGGUUCUCAAGACCACUUUAUUAAGGAUUGUCCCGAGACGAACGAAAGAUUUCAAAAUGCAAGACAGAGUGGUCCGGCUUCAAAGGCGAGCCCCUCGAAAAAUACCGGUACUGGAGCUAGUAGCAAAAAUGUAACACGAGAGACGACAGUACAAUCUGACGCUAGGGCUUCGGUUAGAGCCUAUGCCAUACGAGCACGUGAAGAAGCAUCAUCGGCUGACGUGAUCACUGGCACAUUUUCUCUUUAUGACACUGUUGUUAUUGCUUUGAUAGAUCCAAGAUCUACACAUUCAUGUGAUCCGGAAGAAUUGCCAGGUUUACCCCCGGUUAGGGAAGUUGAAUUUGGUAUUGGGUUAAUGCCAGGGUCUGCACAUAUCUCUAUCAAUCCGUAUCGGAUGGCUCUGAUGGAGUUAAGGGAAUUAAAGUCACAGUUGUAA